UAUUUCUGCCGUUGCCAAGGAGAAAGGAAGACACUCCUGUACAAUAAGGAAGCUAUCGCUAUUGUACUGUCUUUGCUGCUGCGUUAUUUUUCACAAAACAGAAACGCAUCUUGCUUGAUUCUUGGACUAAAUUGGGACAAAAACUUCAUGUCUUUAUUGAAGAGAUGUCCUGUUGUCCAGUGGUAGCUCCCCCCGUGCUUGUCGUUGUUCUGACCUGAGACCCAGCCUGCAGCUUUGUGAUCCUCGUCAGUCUGUGUGUCUGUUCUCCCAGAAGAAAGUAGCUGCUGUGUUCUGACUGCUACUCCUGAUGUCUGACUCUAUGGGGCUGCGUGUGGGACCAGGGCCGGGACCAGUCCAGACCUCUCCGCUGAAGGAGCAGCAGCAGGGCUGGAACCCGGCCCCGCGGUGGGAGAUGAACCGCUAUACCACCAUGAGACUGCUGGGGGACGGCACCUUCGGCAGCGUGCUCAUGGGCAAGAGCAAGGAAUCUGGAGAACUGGUGGCCAUCAAGAGGAUGAAGAGGAAGUUCUACUCGUGGGAUGAGUGUAUGAACUUACGAGAAGUCAAGUCUCUGAAGAAGUUGAGCCAUGCCAACGUGGUGAAGCUGAAGGAGGUGGUCAGGGAGAAGGACCACCUCUACCUUGUCUUUGAGUACAUGAAGGAAAACCUCUACCAGCUGAUGAAGGACAGACAGAGGUUGUUCCCUGAGUCAGUGAUCAGGAACAUGAUGUUUCAGAUAUUACAUGGACUCUCCUUUAUCCAUAAACAUGGUUACUUCCACCGUGACAUUAAACCAGAGAACCUGCUCUGUAUGGGUCCAGAGCAGGUGAAGAUAGCUGACUUUGGGUUGGCCAGAGAGAUACGCUCCCAGCCUCCCUACACUGAAUAUGUCUCAACUAGAUGGUACAGAGCCCCUGAGGUGCUCCUGAGGUCUCCGUCCUACAGCUCUCCUAUAGACAUCUGGGCGGUGGGCUGCAUCAUGGCAGAGCUUUACACACUCAAACCUCUGUUCCCUGGAAACAGCGAAGUGGACGAGAUCUUCAAGAUCUGCCAGGUGCUGGGCACCGUGAAGAAGACGGACUGGCCUGAGGGCUAUAACCUGGCAGCCUCUAUGAACUUCCGUUUCCCCCAGUGUGUCCCGACCAGCCUACGCUUGCUGGUCCCCAACGCCUCCAAUGAGGCAGUGGUUCUGAUGAGGGAUAUGCUACAGUGGGACCCCCAGAAGAGACCCACCGCAGUGCAGGCUCUGAGGUACCUGGGCCAGGCAUUGGGUCCUCCACCUCAGUACCUGGAGCAACGCAAAGCCCAGAGCAGGACCGCAGCAGCAGCACAGCAGGCCUCCUCCACAGAGCCCAAACCUCUCCCCGUCUGGAAGGCCGACCUCCAGCCCCAGCCAGCCCACACCCAGGGUCAGGGUCAGGGUCAGGGUCAGGGCAGGGUCCACCACCACCAGCCUCAGCAUAACACUGACCAUCACAGACUCUCCAACACAGACUGGGACGGACACAGCCAGUACCAGUACCAGCCAUCCCCACUCAGCCUGGUCAAACACACCCAGCCACAGAAAGCCACUCCAGCGGGGUGUGAGAACGGCACAUCAGGGUUCAGGAGCGGUAGGAUGUGGUGGGGACAGACGUCAACAGGCACCUGGGACGAGGUGGACGACUCUGACCUCGGCAUCUCCUUCUCCAAGAAACCCAGCAUGGCAUCUCUCAGGGACAAACACCAGGACCAGGACAAUGACUGGUUUGCAGAGCCCAAGUCCAACACAUCAUCAGUGAAGCAACACUACCUGCGCCAUUCCAGAUACCUCCCUGGCGUAAACCCAAAGACCAGCAGCAGCAGCUUUCUGACAGGCCAGCAGCAGCGUGGAAGGAGUGUGUGGGCCAACUCCUCUUUAACCAGGGCACAGGGAGCAGGACUGCCACUUAGCAAAGAUAACUUCCUGAGUAACACCUACAACCCUGGCAGCAGUAGCAGUUACACGUCAUCGUUUCAGAAGGAGAUGGGAUCAGCUGGACACAGGACCCACCAUCUAGCAGCCAUAGGAGGCAACUCUGCUAAGUACGAGGGAUGGAAGAUGAAGUCCAUGAAGCCUCCGGUCCCUGGAUCUUCUAGCCUCAACAGCAACAGUGGAGGGGAGAACACCGUGUCUCGAGCUCCUCCUAUCCAGCCUGUACACGGACGGGUGGACUGGGCCGUCAAGUACGGAGGAAGACACCGGUAGCACACUGUAGCCAUAUGACUGAGAAGAGUACCCAUUGACCCCACUGUAGCCAUAUGACUGAGAAGAGUACCCAUUGACCCCACUGUAGCCAUAUGACUGAGAAGAGUACCCACUGAAGCCAUAUGACUGAGAAGAGUACCCACUGUAGCCAUAUGACUGAGAAGAGUACCCAUUGACCCCACUGUAGCCAUAUGACUGAGAAGAGUACCCACUGAAGCCAUAUGACUGAGAAGAGUACCCACUGUAGCCAUAUGACUGAGAAGAGUACCCAUUGACCCCACUGUAGCCAUAUGACUGAGAAGAGUACCCACUGUAGCCAUAUGACUGAGAAGAGUACCCACUAUAGCCAUAUGACUGAGAAGAGUACCCAUUGACCCCACUGUAGCCAUAUGACUGAGAAGAGUACCCACUAUAGCCAUAUGACUGAGAAGAGUACCCACUGUAGCCAUAUGACUGAGAAGAGUACCCAUUGACCCCACUGUAGCCAUAUGACUGAGAAGAGUACCCACUGUAGCCAUAUGACUGAGAAGAGUACCCACUAUAGCCAUAUGACUGAGAAGAGUACCCACUAUAGCCAUAUGACUGAGAAGAGUACCCAUUGACGCUGCUUGUAUUCAUUAUGUGCUUCGUCCCAAAUGGCACCCUAAUUCCUACAUAGUACACUACUUUUGACCAGAACCCUAUGGGCCCUAGUGUGCUAUGUAAGGAAUAGGAUGCCAUUUGGAACGCAGUCGAUGUACUCUUCUUAGUCCUAUGGCUAAAGCCCAUUAUGGUCGUGAUCCAAUAUCCACACUAGCACACCACUUAGAAUGCACGCCCCAAUACAUACAUGCCUUUAUUCUAAGUGGUAGUAUGCCAGUGUGGGUAUCAGGGUUGGGGUCAAUUCCAUUUCAAGAAAGUAAACCAAAUUCCAAUUCCACAUUUUUCAAAUUGAAAAGCAUUGAAGAGAAUUGGAAUCGGAAUUUCUGCGUGCUUCCUGAAUUGACUGGAAUUUAACUGGAAUUGUCUCCAACCCUGGUGGGUAGUAGAGCAGUCGGGAACUGUGUUGAGAAUCAACUCAGAGGGAAGAAUUCAAUUUCCUGCAGCGCAUUUUGAGCGUUGGGGCACUCCAACUAGAGAGAAGAGGGUCUAGAGCACGACGUUUGCAACGCCAGGGGUUGUGGGUUCGAUUCCCACGGGGGGCCAGUAUGAAAAAUAAAAUAUAAA